GGAUUUUAGAAGAACAACAUCGUAAGAUGUUUUGGACUCCUUGUACUGCACAUUGUAUUAACUUGAUGUUGCAAGAUCUUGGUGAUAAGCUGCCCACGAUAAAAAGUGCUUUACGUGAAGGCGGUUAUUACCUAAAUCCAAGCAUAUUUUAUAAGAAUGAUCUGGCGAAGAUGGAGUCAAACAAAGAGAUAAAAAUUGGGCUCUUUAAAGCAAUACAAAAGCUCGUAGAUGAAGAUGCACUUGACAGUAUUACUAGUGAAUUGGUACUUUACAGAUCUGCAAGAGGAUCUCUGGGAUCAACAAUGGCUAUGAGAGCUGGGGAAAAAGUCGCACCCAUUAAGUUUCCAUGUCAACUAAUACAUUAUACUAAUGAAUUUAUCAUCUUACAUUUUUUAUUUUCUUAGUAUUGUGUAAAUUAGUUUUAAUUUAAUUAAUUCAAUAAUUUGUAGAUGAAUGAUGGCUUUCAUAUGGGUCUGAUGCGCCAAAUCUCCAAAUGUUUGCACUUAAGGUUUUGAGUCAAACCUGUAGCACCUCACCAUGUGAGCGU